CAUUUUUUUUAUUCUGAUCUUGAGUAUUUCAGCUGUUUAACUUAAAAAUAAAAAAUGAAGGAAAAGGCUGAAGAUGGGGGGAAACCGAAACCAAAAAAUUGGAAUCCAAAAUCAGUUGGUCAAUUGAAAAAGAUGGCGCCGCAACAAAGGGCAAGAUAUCUCGCAUAUGAAGAUCCAAGCAAAGAGUCAGCAGAAGCAAUGGCAGCUUCAUUGAAAAGAAUUCACGAACAAAAAACGUUACAGAGGAGAGAUGUAAUUCAUGUCGCACAAGAAGAAAUUGAUGACAGUGAAAAUCAUAGCAAAUUAAUAGGACAACUAAAAGCUGCCGAAGCAAGGAAUCGUAUUCGAGUGAUGAGAUUAAGAUAUCAGGGAAUGAGAGCCCAUGAGAUUAAACAUUUAAUUGCCUGCCAACCUACUUCAUUGAAAGCAUUAAGGCUUGAAGCCCUUGUUCCACCAACCAUAGACAACAGUAAUCCUGGAGAUGCCUUGGAUAAAUUACAAAGAGCAAGAGUAGAAACCAUAUUAGAAGAUGAGAACGGACUGACUACAAAUCGAAAACUAGAUUGAAAAGUUUAAAGCCAAUAACUUUUUAUACGACUCCAAUCAAAUAAUCACUGUCGGUCUUACUUUUCAUUCGAAGAAAUUGAAGUGCCCCCUUUUGAAUAAAUGAAUUGUUUUAUAGGAUUUUUUUUCCUUCCUAAUCAGGCAUCUUUUUGUUUCAAGGCAAUUUGAAACAUCGAACUUAUUGAGUUGCUAUCUUUUGGAUAAAUGAAAUGAAAUAUGUUUUAGCUUACUUUUCAAUCAAACAAAUUGAAUUGCCAUCUUCUGAAUAAAUAAGUUGCUUCAUACGGAAUUUUUCUCCCUUUCUAAUCAGGCUUUUUUGUUUCAAGGCAAUUUAAAACAUCGAACAUAUUGAAUUGAAUAAAUGAAUUGGAAUAUGUUUUAACAGGACUUUGUUCACAGUCCUUAAUGAGACAUGUUUCUGUUUUAAUUCAAGUCAAAACCUGACAAGAACUUGUAAGCGGACUGCACUUACUUUUGUUUUAUGUUUAA